GAUUGAGCUUGAAGUUGUCAAACUGUCAAACCUGAUUUUGUCAGAUUUUAUUGUCUCGAUUUCCUUCUAUUAUACUAAUAAUUUAAUGUGUGGAUUCAAUGUAAAUCAUUUUAUUUGCAGAUUUAAGCAGUUUCUUAUUUUGUCCUGCAGCACUCAAAGAGAGUGGUGUAAUAUUUAUAUAUAAAGUUAACACAUAUGAAAAUUGUGUUGUGUAGCUGCAAUAUGCAUAUGUAAUCUAAUGUCUGGAUUAUUGUAUAUUUGUGAUUACGGAAAUAAUUCUGAAUCUGACGAGAGUGAAGUAGACAAUAAGCUACCAAAGUUAAAAAGACCUGAAAAGUUACCUGUGCCAAAUCUUAGCCACAUUCCAGCAGUCCCAGUUGAACAGUAUACAGAUAAUCCUAAUCUUCAUAAUGGCCGCGUGAGGAGCUUUCCACAUGUGAGAGGAAAUUGGGCAACCUUUGUUUAUAUAAAAUAUCAAGAUGAAGGGUCAUUACUGAACUUUGCAACUAAGUUACAAACUUUGUUAUUGGAAGUGAAAAACUUGUUGAAUCUCUGUGAUGAUUUUCACCUUAGCUUAUCUAAAACAGUGGUUCUGAAUUAUCAUACCAUUGUCCCAUUUACUCAAAGUUUAAAAGAAGUUCUUUGUGAUAUUGAGAGAUUUUAUUUAGGUUUUGACAACAUUGAGGUUUUGUGUAAUGACGAGAAGACUCGGACAUUCAUUGUUCUUAAAGCUGACUACUUUAGUGUGAAGAGUUUAAAUUCUCUUGUCAAGAAAGUAGAUGCAGUACUUGGGGAAUUUAAAUUAGAAAAAUUUUAUGAAGAUCCGUCGUUUCAUAUAAGUUUACUCUGGAUGAAGGGUGACCAUAAAGAAAAACUUGAAACUUUGUUGGAUAAUGCAAAUGAAGUGAUUAGUGCUGAAGUUGUGAAAAAAAUCGAAUCAGUUCUCAUAGACAAAGUGUAUUGCAAAAGUGGCAAUAAGUUUUAUCAAUAUUCAUUAGAAUAAUAUUGUACUCCAAUGGAACGAA